AUGACCCUGGAAGAGAUCGUGGCGUGCGACAACGCGGCGCAGAAGAUGCAGACGGUGAGCGCUGCGGUAGAGGAGCUUUUGGUGGCUGCGCAGCGCCUGGACCGCCUCACCGUGGGGGUGUACGAGUCGGCUAAGCUGAUGAAUGUGGACCCCGACAGCGUGGUGUUGUGUCUCCUGGCCAUCGACGAGGAGGAGGAGGACGACAUUGCCCUGCAGAUUCACUUCACCCUCAUCCAGUCUUUCUGUUGUGACAACGACAUCGAUAUCGUGCGGGUGUCGGGCAUGCAGCGCUUGGCCCAGCUGUUGGACGAGCCGGCCGAGACUCAGGACCCUGAGGAACCCCGGGACCUUCACUGCCUCCUGGUCACGAACCCUCAUACGGAUGCCUGGAAGAGCCAGGGGCUCGUGGAAGUAGCCAGUUACUGUCAAGAGAGCAGAGGAAACAACCAAUGGGUCCCCUACAUCUCCCUCCAGGAGCGCUGA